CUGCUCGCUGUUCGCACGGGGCGCGGCACAACGUAGUCAUCAGCUCAUUCUGCAAUUUACCUUUUGCAAUUCACUCUAUACUCUAUCCUCCACCGCAAAAGAUGAACACGUACAUCGCUGUCGCCGCCGCCGCUCUGGCCGUCAUCGCUUCCGUCAACGGUGAGGCCUGCUCAACCACUCAGCAGGCCUCCGCCUACACUUCCAUGGUUGGUUUGCUGCAGGGAACGUCUCUCAGCACGUGCGCCUCGGACUCGGGCUACAACAUGCUGUACGCCACGGCGCUGCCGACGGCUGAGCAGACCGCCGCCAUGUGCAAGGUGGACGCUUGCCAUGAGCUCAUCAAGAAUGUCCAGGCUACCAACCCACCUGACUGCGACCUCAACAUCCCCACGAGCGGUGCUAUCAUGAACGUAAAGAGCCUGGCCGACAACUUCGAGCCCGGAUGCUCGCCCUCUACUCCGGUCACGGAGGCCCCCGCUGCCAGGACUGCUGCCCCCGCUGCCUCCACGGAUGCGCCAAAGACGGAGGCCCCGGCCACUGAAUCGACCCCCUCCCAUGAGCAGCAGUCGACUACCCCGGCUGCCACUCCUGCUGUCACUCCCGCUGCCACCCCCACCACCCCUAUCGCGUGCUAAGGAGGCUAGUGGUUUGCCAGGACUCUGCAACGAUACGUUGUACCGCCCCCUUCGUUUAAUAAGAGGCACCUAUGCCACAUUUUGUUUAUAAACUUGGUCGGACUACCAAUUGAUUUGAUUCGCGCUUCCAUGUCCGUAAAAAUUUGAAAUGGAGAAGAAGCUAAAGCAGUGUUU